AAAGCGGAAGCAGGGCCGGCUGUCAGUCAGUCAGCGGAGAGAGAAGCUGCAGUUGAAGACUUUUGGCUGCCAGUCUGUACACCGCUUGCUCUGACCCGCUACCCCAGGUAUCCAUAAGCAACCCAACUCCUGCAAUGGCAGAACAGAAAGGCAACAGCUCCGAUGUCUCUUCCAAAUCCCGCAGCGUCCUGACGUGGGAGCAAGUCAGCCGCCUCAACAGCUUCCUCACCGAGGUGGUUCCGAUCCACGGCCGCGGCAACUUCCCCACCCUGAAGAUCACGCUGAAGGACAUUGUGCAGAAAGUGCGCAGCCGCCUGGAGGAGGCCGGCAUCAAGGUCCGCGAUGUCCGACUCAACGGCUCGGCUGCCAGCCACGUCCUGGUCAAAGAUAAUGGACUUGGGUACAAAGACUUGGACCUCAUCUUUGGGGUCUCCUUGUCCUCCGAGGCGGAGUUCCAGCUCGUCAAGGACGUGGUUAUAGGUUUGCUCUUGAACUUUCUUCCCGAAGGGGUCAACAAAGAGAAAAUCAGCCCCCUGACUCUCAAGGAGGCCUACGUGCAAAAGCUGGUGAAGGUCUUCACCGACGCCGACCGGUGGAGCCUGAUCUCCCUCUCCAAUAAGGACGGCAGGAACAUCGAGCUGAAGUUCGUCACCUCCAUCCGCCGGCAGUUUGAGUUCAGCGUGGACUCCUUCCAGAUCAUCCUGGACUCGCUGCUCUUCUACCACGACUGCUCUGAGAACCCCAUGUCCGAGCACUUCCACCCCACGGUGAUCGGGGAGAGCAUGUACGGCGACUUCGAGGCCGCCUUCCACCACCUCCGGAACAAACUCAUCUCCACCAAGAACCCGGAGGAGAUCCGAGGCGGGGGGCUAAUGAAGUACAGCAACUUGCUGGUGCGGGACUUCAAGCCGGCCGACAAGGAGCAGAUCAAGUCGCUGGAGCGCUACAUGUGCUCGCGCUUCUUCAUCGACUUCUCCGACAUCUUCGAGCAGCAGCGCAAACUGGAGUCCUACCUGCAGAACCACUUCAUGGGCGAGGAGAAGAGCAAGUACGACUACCUCAUGAUCCUGCGGCGGGUGGUCAACGAGAGCACGGUGUGCCUGAUGGGGCACGAGCGGAGACAGACCCUCAACCUCAUCUCUCUGCUUGCCCUGCGGGUACUGGCCGAGCAGAACAUUAUCCCCAAUGCCACCAACGUCACCUGCUAUUACCAGCCUGCCCCUUACGUCAGCGAUGCCAACUUCAGCAACUACUACAUUGCCAACACGGCCGUGCCCUACAGCCAGUCCUACCCGACCUGGUUGCCAUGUAGCUAAGCACGGCCUCGCUCAGGACUCCAUGUUGAACUGCUGUGUGUUUUGUUUUGUUUUUGUUUUUUGUUUGCCCCUGUAACUGCCAUUCUGACUGACCUAUGGGCACAGCGGGCUGUCAUACCACUCACGCUGGGCACACCCAAGAUGGGCACUUUAUAUAUAAAGCCAUUCAUGGAAAGCUGGUCUGUCCAUUCCAGCCUUAUGGGAAGGGAGGGGGGGCAUUUCCAGCACUUAAACCAGCGCUGGGCACAGGGGGCGACCCUCCACGUUCAACUGUAACCCUCAGCUGAAGGGGGAGCCACACAUUGCCUUUUGCUUAUGGCUGGAUCGCACCCCCCCUCUCCCCAAUACAAGUGGGUUAGGAUUUUUGCUAAAUAUCCCUUUAACUGAUAAAAGGGCUAGAAAAAAAAAACUAGAAAAGUGUAUAAAAAAAACUAUAAAAUGUGAAUUUAUUUAUUGUACAGAAAACAGAGAAAAAUGGUAAAAAAAAAAUACAAAAAAACGGGGAGAAAAAUGCAAAAUAUGUAUGUACAAAAGUGUGACUUGUGGUGAUUGGGGGAGGGGUCUCCCAGGUGGGAGGAGUUUCUGUGGAGCCGCUAGAUUUGUGUUCUCGGAGUGAUGAAUUUAUGUUGUAGUUAUGAAUGGUGAGAUGGGUCGGUGUCACUAGUCUUUAUAUGGAUGUACAAUCAGCCUGGGGGUGGGGCUACUAAAUGACCCCGCCUCCCCCUCCCCCCUUUUUUUUUUUUUUUUUUCUUUUUGGAUUUGCAGCCGGGGCCCCUAUAUGGGCCCCAUAGAAGGAAGCACAAACCUGGCAGCGGUGGUUCUUAAGUUUAACCUUUUUAUAUUGGCCACGUGCCCGACCCACCAGCUCUGUGCCGCUACUUGCCCCCUGGCUGUGGGGGUUCUUUCUUUAAUGCUGAACAGAUGUGGCUCUUAAUUUUGUACUUCAGAUCUGUUCAGGUCAGUGCCUUAUAUCUAGGGGGGGGGCCCCCUCCCCACUGAGGUGCUGUAAGGAGGGGGUCUGGCCUGUGCCUUGUGGGGUGAUUGGCUAGAUCAGGCCCACAUCCCAACUGCCCACCUCAAACCCUCCCUGGCCAAGUAGUAUUGGCCUCCCUGUAAUGGACCUAUGAACCCAAGCUGUGCCCCUAGUACAACUACAGCACCCCCAUGUCUAUGCCCCACAUACAACUAUAGCCCUCCCACAGGAAGAUGUGGCCCUUGGGGGUUGCUGGGAGCUGUAGUUCCCACGGCUGGAGAGCAGUGCGUUGUACUACUGGGUCUAAAGUCCAAACUGAUUUUUCCCCUGCCAUAAACCCUACUCUUGCUGUGGAACUGCUGCCCCCUACAGGCAGAGCUUGGGGUUUACCUGUUAUUGACCAGAUGGGUGACUGAGUGCAGAGGUCUCUAUUGGAUCUAAUAUGGGGGGUCACAUGGUUUGCCUGCUGGGAUUGGCCCUUCUGCAGCGGGGCCCCCAGCCUUAUGUAACUGCUCCUUGCUCGGGGGGGUUUGAUGUGUUCGGGGCCCCCGACCUUCUGUAUAAAUGCAAAUAAAUUUAAUGACAAAUCCA